GAGGAGUUUGAUCCGGUGGACGAGAACGAUUUCAGCAAUAAGACUGCGUACCGAGCCAAGUGGCACGAUCCCGACAAUGACAUCAACGACGGGACAUACACAAUUCAGAUAUUAAGACUUGCUGAAACUAAAGAAGAUAUGCAACGAAAAAUGCUCCUAAAACGGCCUAUCAUCCCCCCUAUAAGCCUUUCUGAUAUUGAAAAUGGCACAGAUGAUGAUGAGAUGACACAGAAAAGAAAGGUUUUGAGACAGGAGUCAAAGAAGAAGCGUCUGAAUAGGGCCGCAUCAAAAAAGCAGCAGUUUGAAGAUGUGCUGAGUAAAUAUACAGCACAUGCCCUACAGAUCAAUGAUGCUGUUAGAAACAAAUCAUCAAUUGUAAAGGCUCAUGUAUCAGCUGGUGAGGGCAGCCGUGAGCCACAGAGACGCCAGGUUUCCUCACCCGUGGCAUCCCAGCUUGCUAAGAAGGUAAUAAUUUCGUAAUAUACUUUUGUUACCCUCCUCAUGCUAUCACAUAUGUGCAUCUGGUGUGCUUAUCUUUUUUUUUUCCCACUUAAGAGAAAGAGGUCUGACACGCCAUGCACAUCAGAAUCGGAUGAUGGGUUGGUUCCCGAAAACAAGGUUCGGGCCGCCAGGAAAGAGGCUAGGUUUUGGAAGGCGCAGUAUCGCCUUCAGUGUGAACAUAAUACGUCACUAAAAAACCAACUGUCGUUUUUACAAGAGACGGUGAAAGCACAGUUAGGUUGAUGUAAGAUACAUUUGUUCUUGCUACUUUUCCUUUCUGCAUGCUGUUCAUUUUUAGUUCGUAGGGAUUUGUGCAUUAAUAUUUGCAUUUAUCUUUACCCUGCAGUUAAGCAUUUGCUGGAGGAAAUGUUGGAGACCAGAGUGGACAAAGGCAUAGCUGGGCUUUUGGUGGAGCAGCCGGUGGACAUGGCCAGCCGCACAACAAGCAGUGGGCCCCAGCAUGUUCAAGUGGACAAAGGCGUAGCUGGGCUUUUGGUGGAGCAGCCAGUGGAAAUGGCCAGACGCACAACAAGCAGUGGGCCCCAGCAUGUUCAAGUGGACAAAGGCGUAGCUGGGCUUUUGGUGGAGCAGCCAGUGGAAAUGGCCAGACGCACAACAAGCAGUGGGCCCCAGCAUGUUCAAGGCAUGGCUCCAAAUCAUGAUGUGGAAAUUGGAAUGUCCUCCAGCUUGCAUUCAGCUGGAAUAGGAAGCAACUGUGCUUCUUCACAAGAUGAUGAAGCACAUGACCUGGCAGAAUUUUCCCCCACUCCCGAUGGCCGUUUCCAUCUCUGCAAGGGGGUGAAAAUCACAGCAGACCAGGCGGCAAAGAUUUUAAGAAACAAGAAGGCCACGAUUGUCAAACGUGAUACAGCCCAAGCAAUUUGGGGUCUCGAGGCAUGGCCCUAAGAACAGUGAGUGGCCGAUUAGUGCCUGGUGAGACAACAAAGCAGCUCACACCUGCCAAAGUUCAAGUUGUGCAAGAAUGCCUGGCCUACUGGGGCAGAACAAACAACCAGGACAUUGCAGUGGCUGCCCAUGGAGUGCUGAGGGUCUUAAGUGAAAAGAUUCAAGAUGUGAAAAAGAAGCUUAAGCUCGGCAAGGAGUAGUCUCCGAGGAGUGUAGCCUUUACUGGCAAUAAAGUCUCUUCUGAAACCUUGCCUCGUUAUUGCAUGAGGAAGUACACGUUUUUGACUGGGAACAGCAUGUUUCUCGUUUGAAAUGCUCCCGACAUCACACCUGCAUUGCUUCUAUUUCUGGCUGGAACGGUUUCCAUUUCCGGGUGGAUUGGCAUCCAUUUCCGG